UGAAGCCAGAUCCUCGCCACCGUAAGGGGCUGGUGCGUGGAUUUUUUUUAUAUCGUUAGCGAAGAGUCAUUGCACUCAGUUUGCUUCCUUUUUCUCAGCGGCGAGAGCAGGAAGAGUUUCGAACUUGCAGGGGAGUUGGCACUUUUGGGGCGGCAAUGGACUCGUUCAAUUCGAAGGACCUGGCCCUCCGCACGCAGAAGAAGUUGCUGAGCAGGAUGGCUUCUAAGACGCUGGCUCACCUCUUUGUCGAUGACACCAGCAGCGAGAUCCUGGACGAGCUGUACAGGGUGUCCAAGGAGUUCACAGGCAACAAGAUAGAGUCCCAGAAGGUACUGAAGAACCUGGUAAAGAUCGCGGUGAAGAUCGCCAUUCUGUACCGGCACCAACAGUUCUCCAGGGAAGAGCUGGGCAUGGCAGAGGAUUUCAAGAAGAAACUCCGCCAGGGUGCCAUGACGGUCAUCAGUUUUCACGAGGUGGCCUUCACGUUCGAGCAGAGCGUGAUGGCCGACAUCUUGGCGGAGAGCAGGGACCUCCUGCUCAAGCUGGUGUCCAGCCACCUCACGCCCAAGUCCCACGGCCGCAUCAAGCACGUCUUCAACCACUUCGCCAACCCGGAUUUGUUGACCAAGCUCUACGGGCCCGAUGACCCUUACAGGUCCCAUCUGAAGAAGAUCUGCGAUGGUCUCAACAAACUCUUGGAGGAGGGCACGCUAUAGAGGGCUCCCCCUCCAUCGCCUUCCCCGCCCCCCCCCCCCCACUGCCUCACCUUCCCAUCUCCACCACCCUGUGCACCCGGGGACCUCUUCUACAACCUCCCACCCCUUCACCCCACCCCACCCCUGGGGAGUUUCUCCUCCCCUUUCCCCACCACCGCAAUCCAAAAGCUAAGGGGUGACGGCCAUUUUUCCUGAGACUAUCCCCUUGACUGUCCCGUAACUUCAAACUUCCCUUCAACGCUUCUCCAGAGGAAAGGGUCCCCGAACUUUGGAAAGGAUUUCGCCCACCCCUUCUUCUUCCCAAACGGACAAUCUUCCCAACACCCUGUUUGGUAAUCGGUUUAUUAUUGUCGUACGUACCGAGAUGCGGUGAGAAGCUUUUGGUCUGCCGGCCAUCCAGACAGAUCAUUCCAUACAUCGGUACAUCAAGGGAGUAAACAGGAGAACAGAAUGCAGAAUAAAGUGUCACAGUUACAGAGAAAGUGCAGUGCAGGCAGACAAUAAGGUGCAAGGGCCACGACGAGGUAGAUUGUGAGGUCAAGAGUCCAUCUUAUUGUACUAGGGGACCGUUCAAUAUAAAAGUGGAAUAGAA